UUUUAAAGUAUGACAGAUCCAAGUCUACAGCGGGUCAAGUCAAUCAAAAACAAUUAAAAAAAUAAAAUCACUAAUAAUCAACACAACAAAGAUUCUAUCUUUCCCAAAUUCCUUGCGCAAAACAGAACACAGCAAUGAAUAAAAUUGAAUGGGCUGAUCUUCCCAAAGAAUUGCUACACAAAAUUGGGAAAUGCAUAGACUCUCGUCUCGAUUUAAUUCGUUUCCGCUCAGUUUGUUCUUCUUGGAGAUCCUCUGUUUCCACUUCUCAUUUUGAUCAAGAAAUUCCUAAUCUCUCCUUUAAACUCCCACACCCUAUUAAUUUAGCUGCAGUUCUCCACCAAUCCACUGUUUGUAGACUGCAAUUUCUUACCCAUCACAAAUUAAAACUGCCCAAUUCGUGUUCUUGCAGUUCUUCAUCAAAUUCAAAUUCAAAAGGUUGGUUAGUUAAAGUUCAAGAAUCAAAAUUUGGAAAAUUGGAUCUUCUAAAUCCAUUAUCUGAUUACAAAAUUAGGUACUCUCCUAUUGUGUUAAACUUACUGGAUGUUAGUUUUGUUAAGUUAAGUGAUGCAUUUAUGCUUAAAACUCCAUCUGGGUACUCUGUUUUAGGUGUGAAUAAAGCUGUUUUAUUUAGUAAAGAUGUGCUUUCAAUUCUUGCCAUUUACCAUGAUGGAAAAUUGGGUUAUUGGAAAAUUGGUGAUGAGGAGUGGACAAUUUUGGAUGAUGCUAAUUUUGAGUAUGAUGAUAUAAUUGAAUUUAAGGGUCAAUUCUAUGUUAUUGAUAGAUGGGGUACAGUUUCUUGGAUUGAUAAAUCAUUGAAUAUUAUUCAAUAUUCACCUCCGUUGUUUGGUUGCGGUGCUCAAAAGAAUUUAGCCGAGUCUUGUGGUUAUCUAUAUAUUGUUGAUAGGUAUCUUGAUGGUAAAAAAACACCAUGGAAUCAUGAUGUUCCCGUUCGUCGUUGGAGACGCAGAAGAAGGAAAAACAUACCUAAUACUAUUUCUUUUAGAGUGUAUAAGCUUGAUGAAGAGUGGGGUAAAUGGGUUGAUGUAAAUUCGUUGGAUGAUCGAGUUUUCAUUUUGGGUAUGGAUUGUUCAUUAUCUAUUUCGUCUAGUGAAUUUGUUGGAGGUAAAGGGAACUGUAUUUACUUCACAGAAGAGGAUGAUGACUUCACUGGAAAAGGAUUAAGUAGUGAUAGUAUUCGUGUGUUUCUGUUAGAUGAUCGUGUAAUCGAUAAAGUUUCAGCGUGGCCGGAGUUUGCUGAAAUCUUUUGGCCACCCAGAAUCAGCUCAAAUGCGACCAAUGCUAGCCCAGAUGAUUAAUGUAAGUAUAUAGCAGUUAGAUUUUCUUUUCCUAUAUUUCAUAAUGGAUGAACUGUAUUGUUCCAUUUCAAUGGUUCUACCGUUCUAGUAUUGAAACCUUAAAAUAGAUUCAGUGCAUUGCUUCUUAUUUA